UUUACCAUUCGGAGGGCGAAAUCAAAACCCUCUCUUUCUCUUCCCUCCGCUGCCCCCACCGCCACCGCCUCGCUCGACCGCACCUUCGACACGCGAAUCCACGGCGGUCCGGCGAUGUUCAAACUGGGAAGGGGCGGCGGCGGGGGGCGGGGUGGCGGGAAGCGGUCUCUGCCGCUGCCCCCUCCCCCGCCGACCAUCCAUCGGCCGGCCUCCGCGGCGGGCGCGCGUCUCCCGAUCGGCGCCUCCUCGGCCUCCGCCCUUAAGCGCCCUGGCGGGACGCCCACCGACGCGCCUGCCCGGGAGGAGACCUUCAGUCUCGAAUCCGGGGGGGCCCUCGACUUCGCCGCGAUCAUAAGGCUUACCCCUGACCUUGUCGAGGAGAUCAGACGGGUCGAGGCCCAGGGAGGGACCGCGAGGAUUAAGUUUGAUUCCAACUUGAAUAACCCUACGGAAAACGUUAUAGACGUUGGCGGUAAGGAAUUCAAAUUUACAUGGUCACGGGAACUUGGUGACCUAUGCGAUAUUUACGAAGAACAUCGGAAUGGAGAGGAUGGACAUGGAUUGCUUGUUGAAAGUGGCUCUGCAUGGCGCAAGCUGAACGUACAACGAAUUCUAGAUGAGUCUACAAAGAACCAUGUGAAAAUGCGUUCCGAAGAGGCUGAGCGGUUAUCUAAAUCUCGAAAGGCCAUUGUGUUAGACCCUGCAAAUCCUUCUGUGAAAAAUCAAGCCAAAUCAAUGGCUGCAGCUCAAGUUGAGGGUAAUAUGCGGAGGAUCUGGAAGAAGGAGCCCUUUUUUAAGAAGCGGAAAGUUGAACCAAACCAAGUUUCCAAUAUUGGUCCACCUAAAUCUGUCUUCAGACCAGGAACAUCAUCAAAAAAUACUGCUAAAAGCAUGCUUUCUGAAUCACCUCUACCUUCCCCUCCGGAGCAGCCUGGUCCAGGCACUUCAGCAUCACCUUUUGGAACUGGUACUUCACUACGAGGUGAUUCAAAUCAUGAAGAUACUACUGUUCUUCCACACUUAAAGAAGGAGGGCGCUAGCAAUGAGAAAGAAAUGCCUAGCAGGAUGGCUCAUGGAGCCAAGCAAGGGUCACAUGGACAUAUAGGGGGGAAUGGUGAUCAACCAACAGAUUUGCGAAGCAUGUUAAUUACUCUACUUUCAGAUUACCCGAAAGGGAUGAGCUUGAAGGCUCUGGAGAAAGCAGUUGGAGAGACAAUUCCAAACGCUGCGAAGAAGAUUGAGGGUAUCAUAAAAAAUAUAGCAACUUUCCAGGCACCAGGAAGGUAUUUUUUGAAACCUGGAGUGGAAGUGGAAAGCUCUAAAAGACGAACAUCUGAAAGUGGAAGCUCUCCUGAGAGUGCCCAUGAUCACCCAUCAGUAGCAGAAUCAGUCCAUGUAGAGAAGGCUAGUAAUAAAAAGUUUGAGAAGCAAACGGAGUCAAGCUUAAACUUAGAAACAGAACCAAAUCACUUUGAAAAGAUUGACCCGGUACAAAACUCCCCAGGUCUUUUAACUAGUGAGAGGAAGGUCAAUAAUGAUAGUGAUGGACGAACAGGCAGCUCUAGUGAAAGUGGAAGCGAUAGCGAGAGUGAAAGUGAUAGCAGUGACAGUGGAAGCGACAGUGGAAGCCAAAGUAGAAGUAAAAGCAGAAGCCCUGGAGGCAGUGGCAGUGCAAGCAGCAGUGACAGUGAGAGUGAUGGUUCCUCCAGCAGCAAGGAGGGAUCUGAUGUGCAUGUGGAUAUCAUGACAAGUGAUGAUGAAAAGGAGGAAGCAGUGCAAGAAACGGUGGCAGCUGAGUCAAAGUUAUCUUCCUUGGCUAGAUCAUGGAGAGCUUAUGAUGGUGAGCAUGAACAAAAUAAUGUUGCUCUAAGAAAUCAGGAGGGCCAAAAUGCAUCAUCAUCUCCAAAUGAUUUUGAAAGGGGUGAUGAGAUGGAUCGUGCAGUAGAAGCUACUAAAUAUUUUCCUAUUAAUAGAAGUGAUAAUGCUUUUGAAAACUCUGAAACUGAAGCUGCAAGGAGUACUGAGUUGAACCUGUAUCAAAGAAACUCCAAGUUUUCAGAAGAGGGAUUAUCUUUUUCUCCUCAUCAACAAAGACAAUCGGAGGGCAGGCAGAUAGCAUAUGGAAAAGUUUCAGUUAGUGAUGCAAAUGAGCAAGUUUCAAAGCAGGCUCUAAAUGAGAAACAAAACUUACGGAAAGAUGGGUCUGGCCAUGAGCUAUCAGAUGUUACUGAAAGAAUUUCCAAACCCAAAUCUAAAAGGGUUUCCAGUAGAGAUUUGUUCCAAGAGAAGCCAAAAAGUGCUAAAAGGCCAAAGGCUGCAAUCCCAGCUCAAGUCACGUCUUGUGGGAAAAAUGGAGAUGCUACUUUCUCAGAGAGCUCACACCAUUUAUCUCCUGAUAGAAGUAAGCAGGAGAGACAUAAGGAGGCUAAUAAUGUUGAAUGGGACCGGUAUAUAGAUAAUGGUUCACAAGAGUAUGGCUCAGUCAUGCGUGGAAGACCUGUUGCAUCUGGAAACUUACUCAGGAUGCAGCCAAGCCCUGAUUUGCGGAAUGCUUCUAGUAUCGAUGCAGAGCAAUCAGGGCAAAAAAUUGGAAAUCUUGAUGGAAGGAGGAAAGCCUUGGACAGUAUGGAGAAAUCUAGCAGAUAUAUGGAGAACUUUGGAAGAGGUAAUAGACAUGCAGAAGGGGUGUCCAUUCGUCAUGAUGACUCAGAUACCUUUGCUACGAAAAACAUUUACAUACAAGAUAAAACCUCUAUGUCAAAGGAUAAACUGCAUAAAGAUAUGAGAGAUGAAAACAAUGAAGUGACUGAAAAAAAUUUGGCCAAGAAUGCCCGGGAAAUCACUGUAGGAGACAAACUUUCUACCCCUGACUCCUAUAACAGGAGGCAAAAGUCAGACAUGGAUAAAUCUCCAGUCAGUGCGAGGACAAAUCUGCUCAGAAGAGAACUUUCAGAUCUGGAGUUGGGUGAAUUUCGUGAGCCUCCUGCUGGAGAGGAGUCUGGGGGGGUUAAGAGACAGUUCGAGAGAAAGGGCUCCUUCAAAUCAUUAGAGAAUAAGGUUGCUGCUACUGAUAACUCGAAUUUAGACACAAGCAAUGGAAGAACUGCUUCAAAUGCGCUUAAUGAAUCAAAGAGACAGCCAUCCCCCAAUUUGAGGGGUGUUAAUGGGAAUCAAGAUGGGUUUUACAGGGGAGUGCCAUCAGAUGGUUUUUUUGAUUCCACCCGGCCUCAGCAAAGAGCAGUGCUUUCUCAGAAUCAACAAUUAUCAAGAGUGGAUCAUGCUGAUUCAGAGGCCAUGUCUCAUUUUGAUAGACCAGCUGAAUUUGCAAGUAGGAAUGAGACGAGAACAAACCAGGGAGUGUAUCUGGAAAAUCAUGCAGAUGCUCCCAAGAAAAUCCCUGCCAGUAUGCUACCACAGCAUGAUAAUAACCAUGGUGGUCAAAUGGGUUCUAGAAAUAUUAGAGACUCUAAACCCCAGAAGUCAAAUGCACUGGGAGAUUCUAAAAAUCAAAAUAAGAAUAGCUUUGUGAUGGAGAAUGAUAGUAGCGGCAGGAAAAAGAGAGAUUCUUCCUCCGAUGAAGAUAAUUCCUUAUACUCAAAGUAUGACAAGGCUUGCCCAGAGCUCAAGGGUCCUGUAAGGGACUUAUCACAGUAUGAGGAAUACGUGCAGGAGUAUCGUGAGAAGUAUGAGAUCUAUUGUUACUUGAACAAGAAUCUGGAAAAAAUUCGGGAUGACUUUCUUAAAGUUGGCCAUGACCUUGAGCUUGCCAAAGGGAGAGAUAUGGAGGAAUAUUAUAAUAUUGUGGAGCAGUUGAGAGAUAUGUACCAUCAUUGUGGGCCGAGGCAAAAGCAGAUGAAGAAGGUUUUCACCUUGCUGCAUGAAGAAUUAAAGAACCUCAAGCAAAGAAUCAAGGACUUCGCAGAGGAUUAUACAAAAGAAUGAAGAUAGAUUUGUUACAUGAAUCCUGAUAUCUUGAUCCCUUGCAUGCAGCACUGUUGCAACUAUUUCCUUAUAGCCAGUCUUGCUGUAGUAUCAUGGAAGUAAAAUUUGGAACCCCAGAGGCUGGAGUUUAUCUUAAAGAAAGGAAGAUGUAUCUUAUAGUAGUUGAUGGAGCAGCUUUGAUCAGGAAAGUGAAACAAAAGAAGCUAAUGUAAACCCUCCUUGGUUCAUGGUGUAUCUUCACUGGAAGGAUGGACAUAUCCUGGACUCUAGCUCUAAAAAAGAUUACCAUGUCAGUUAGGAUUUGGUUCAUGAAUUUAACUAAUGGCAUGCAGUCAAGCAGCUCUUUUGCAAGGUGGAAGGCGGAGGGAACUAUCUAUGUAUGCAUGACAUGACACGGGUGCCAUAAGUGAUUACAUGUUGCCAAUUUGCGGAUUGGUUCCCAUUAUCUUUUCUGGCCCUAUAACAUUUUUGUAAAUAGUAGAAACAGAAUCUGCCCUUUUGCUGGAGAGGUCGCUGAACUAGAUUUUCAGGUUACUAAAGCUGUAUAUUAUGUUGUAGUUUUGAAGAUGAAAGUGGAAAUGCACAAUAGAAGAAACAGAUGAGGUCUCUAUAGGAAUCUAUGCAGUUUUGUGACAGCAUAAAAAUUUUGGAUGUUCACGAGGAGAAGUUCUUAGCAGUUUAUCCAGAAGAAUUGUUUGAGAUUUUUGCAUAUACACAGUCACCAAUAUAAGUUAUUGCAAAUUGGCUUCUACAAAGUCACUAUGUACAUGUAUAUCUCUCAAACAAACCUGUUUUUGUGAAAAAAUGCUCCCAUUAGAUUUUUGGCUAAGAAUGUUAGCUUUUUUGCAGUA